UGGGGAAGCGAUAAGAGCUUUAGCUUUCAGCAAUGGCGGUGUGCGACAUCCGCUCUGCGCGCCCGCAGCAUAAACCCUAAAGAGAAAUCCCUCUCGAAGGCGAUCCGUCGGCCGGAGAUUCUCCGUUCUCCGGCGAGCGCCGUCGCCUCCGGCCGUGCUCGCUCGCUACGACUCCUCAGCCUCGUCGUCGUCGUCGUCGUCGUUCCUUCCGGCUCCGAUGUUCGGGCGCUCCGAGAGCGAGCAAGGGCGGGAGGCGAGCUGAGCCGAGCCGAGCCGAGCCCGUAGCUUCGCCGAGGGAGGGGAAGAAGAAGGAUGAAUGCGAACGCCGCGGCGGCCGCGAACGGGUGCGAAAUCGGGAGCAUGGAGCGGGAGUACAUGAGGAGGCACCACAGGCACGAGGUCGCGGAGAACCAGUGCAGCUCCGCGCUGGUGAAGCACAUCAGGGCCCCCGUUCCCCUCGUCUGGUCUUUGGUGAGAAGGUUUGAUCAGCCCCAGAAGUAUAAACCUUUUGUCAGCAGAUGCGUUGUGCGUGGAAAUCUCGAAAUUGGUAGUCUGAGGGAAGUUGAUGUCAAGUCCGGACUUCCUGCCACUACAAGUACGGAGAGGUUAGAGCUUCUUGAUGAUGAUGAGCAUAUCUUGAGCAUCAGGAUCAUCGGUGGGGAUCACAGGCUUAGGAACUACUCUUCAAUCAUUUCUGUUCAUCCAGAAAUCAUUGAAGGGAGGCCAGGGACUUUGGUGAUUGAAUCGUUUGUGGUGGAUGUUCCCGAGGGGAAUACCAAGGAUGAGACUUGCUACUUCGUGGAAGCCCUGAUCAAGUGCAACCUUAAAUCUCUUGCUGAUGUCUCAGAGCGGCUAGCAGUGCAGGACCGGACUGAGCCCAUCCACAUGAUGUGAAAAUAGGGCCGAGAUGUGUUGGCAUUGUAGGUUGCCAAGGAUGAAGCUUCUGAAGCAUCCCACUUGAAGAGGCUUUGGAGACAGACUGGCGCUAGCUCUUUUCUUGAAUCUUCCCAUACCGUCACUCUCUCUCCUUUUCUUUUGGGCACUUUUCCCGGUGUUCAUCUCCACUUCGAAAUUAUUUGCUCAAUUUCGUGUUUAGUGGCGCAAGAAUUAGAGAUUUACUGAGCUCCUUUUGUGAUAUUAAAGGUUGAGAAGAAAAGGGUCAUGAUUCUCCGAUAGGAGUUUGUUUCGGGCCUUUGUAUAUGUGCUGGAUAAAGUCGUGUACAUUUGCUUUCAUUUGGUAGUGAAAGUUGUAUUCAGUAUGAGGACUACCAGUACUACUUCACGGGUUUCUAUUC